CUUUAAUGUCUUUGCACCUUCCUCUCUUCUUCAUAUUUCUUUCUAACUUUCCAAUACACAAACAUCACUUCAAUACACCUGACAUUCUUCUCAAACCCCUUCUCUCUUUUCCUUUUUUUUUUGUUCAAAAUUAGAUUAGUAUAGCCAUAGAUAUAGCUUCAACAAGCUGUUUUCAAGAAAAUCAUAAUUUGCUAAAUGGGGAUAUUUGAAGAUAUGGGGUUCUCUGGAAAUUUUGAGUUUCUAUCUGAUCCUAUGGGAUGUGGAGGAGAUGUGGCUCAAGAAGUUGAGGAUAAGCCGGUUGGGUUGGAGGAGGAGGACUAUAGUGAUGAGGAGAUGGAUGUGGAUGAACUAGAGAGGAGGAUGUGGAGGGAUCGAAUGCUUUUGAGGCGUCUCAAAGAGAAGAACAAGAAUAAAGAGGUGGGGGAUGGUGUGAAGCAGCGUCAGUCGCAGGAGCAGGCUCGUAGAAAGAAGAUGUCGCGUGCACAAGAUGGUAUACUGAAGUACAUGCUGAAAAUGAUGGAAGUUUGUAAUGCUCAGGGUUUUGUUUAUGGAAUUAUCCCUGAGAAAGGGAAGCCUGUGACUGGUGCUUCGGACAAUCUUCGUGCUUGGUGGAAGGAAAAGGUCAGAUUUGAUCGAAAUGGCCCUGCUGCCAUCGCUAAGUAUCAGGCUGAUAAUCAGAUUCCCGGGAGGGUUGAGGAAUCGAGUGUGAUAGUUUCCACUCCCCACACUUUACAGGAGCUGCAGGAUACAACUCUAGGAUCCCUUUUGUCUGCUUUGAUGCAGCACUGUGAUCCUCCACAGAGGCGUUUUCCGUUGGAGAAGGGGGUAUCUCCUCCUUGGUGGCCCUCUGGUAAAGAGGACUGGUGGGGUCAGUUGGGUCUGCCAAAUGAUCAAGUUCAACCUCCAUACAAGAAGCCUCAUGAUCUGAAGAAGGCCUGGAAGGUUGGUGUUCUGACGGCGGUAAUCAAACACAUCUCUCCUGACAUUGCUAAGAUUCGCAAGCUUGUUCGUCAGUCAAAGUGCUUGCAGGAUAAGAUGACAGCUAAGGAGAGUGCAACUUGGCUUGCUAUUAUCAAUCAAGAAGAGGCUUUGGCUCGUACGCUGUAUCCUGAUAGCUACCCACAGGGAUCUUUAGCUGUUGGUAAUGGUUCCUUUUUCAUCAGCGAUGCUAGCGAUUACGAUGUGGAAGGAGUGGAUGACGAGAGAAACAAUGAAGUGGAAUGUAAACCCCAUGACAUCAAUCUCCGAACUGGAAUCAUGUUACCUAAAGAUAGGAUCUUGAUGCCAGGUUUAGCUCCAGUGAAAGGAGAAAUUAUCGAUUUAACUUCUGAUUUUAUCCAAAAGAGGAAGCAACCAUGUUUUGAGGAGUCUGUUGAUCAAAAGAUAUAUACUUGUGAGUACCUUCACUGCCCAUACAGCAAUUAUCAAGCUGGAUUCCUUGACAGGACUUCAAGAAAUAACCACCAAAUGAGUUGUCCAUUCCGGUUCAAUUCUGCUCAAACACAUAGUACACCUAAGUAUCAGAUCAACUAUGAGCACAACACAGUUUUUCCUGCACAAACUGCUCCUUCUAAGCCAGCGGUCUCAUCAGUCACUGCUUCCUCUUCGAUGAGUGCCUCUGGGCUUGGACUUCCUGAAGAUGACCAGAGGAUUAUUUCUGACCUCAUAACAUCAUACGACAACAACUUUCAGCAAAAUGGUAGCAUCUGUUCCGGAAUUUCUGAGAUUCUAGUAAAUCAAAACCUGCAGCAGCAACAAACAGUUGAACGUCCUAUGGAUGGCAACUUCAACCUGGGACAUAUGGAGACCUCAGCUCAAGAAACCAGCAUGCCUGCUUAUCGUUCAACAGAGUUUCAAUAUGAUCAAUGCAAAAUGCCCUUUGACGCCCCCUUCGGUGGAAACAUAAAUGAUAUUACUGACUACAGAUUUGGUUCCCCGUUCAACUUGGGAGGAAGCGACUACGCCAUGGAACAGCUGACAAAGCAGGAUAUAUCUACAUGGUACCUCUGAACUAGUACUAGUAUUAAACUGUCUUAUUUCCUACAUGAAGGCUUGAUAGGUUGUAUAUGUUUAGAUAAGUGAUCAACUUUCUGUCCUUUAUAUAUAUACAGGUAUUGUAGUUUCUUUGUGAUUUAGUUGAUGUUUUGAUGGUUGUAAGUGCUAAACACAGUAUUAUCUUUAUGCAAUUAUGUUUUAAACUCA